AUGGUGGGCACAUACUUUCCUGUGGAGUUUUGGUUCGCUAGCCUGGUUCCGCUUACUGGCUCAGGCAAAACAACACUCCUCUCCCUCUUAACAGGCGACCACCCACAAUCGUACACGCAGGCACACCUCCACCUGCCCUCGCUAUCCCCUGCCUCAUCAUCGUCUCCGUCCUCCUCCUCCACAACUCACCCCUACCACACGCAUACCCUCCACCCACGAAAACGUACACCAACAGCCCACCUCCGCACACUCAUCGGCGUCGUCUCCCCGGAACUGUUCGACGCUUUCCCGCGUCGUCAUCCAGGCAUGACAGUUUGGGAAGCCGUUGUUACGGGCUUUGGAGGGGGGUUCGUACCCCUCAAGGGGAGUGAGAGGGUGGGUGAGAUACGUGUGGCUGACGAGGAACUGGGGUUUGAGCUUAGUGACGUGGAGAAGGAACAGAGGAGAAGGGAAGUGGAAAAAUGGCGUAUCGCUCGAUGCUGGGAUGUCUUAUCAGCACUUGGUCCGCGAGCCUGGUCUACAUCAGGAACACCCGAGACGGAAAGACAAUUCGCAGCGCGUAGGUUCACGGCCCUGUCUCCAGGCGAACAGCGUAUCGUCCUCCUCAUGCGUGCCUUGGUAUCCCGGCCUCCCUUGGUGCUCCUCGACGAGGUAUGGAGUGGGAUGGACGAGGGUAUGAUUUGUGCCAUGCGGAGGUACUUGACGCAAGGUGGUGGUGUUGGAGAGGGACAGGCGGUGGUUGUUAUUACGCAUUGGGAUGAGGAGGUGCCGUGGGUUGUAUAUUCACAACAUUCACUAUCGUCCCCCACGGCCCUCCAUCGCUCUCUUCUUUCUAUUCCUGACUCUACUUCCAACGAUCUCGAACGUGUUUUCAGCUGCACUCGUACCAAACGGAUAUGGUAA